AUGGAGAAAAGAAUUGCUGAAACGAAUCAGUAUUUUGGUGGAAAUAAACAUUUUAAGGCAACAGAUGUGAUACUAUUCAAUGGUUCAGAUGAUCCAUGGACCUUACUUGGUAUGUGCAACAGUACAGAUGUUAUUGAUGAUUAUAUCAUUUGCAUUGAAGGGACAAGUCAUGCAGCUGAUAUUUAUCCUCCAAGAAAUUCUGAUUCGAACGCCUUGAAGAAUGCACAAUAUAGGAUGAUACAGAUGAUAGAAGAUAUAGUAUUGUAA